UUACAUUUUUUUUCCCUUAUAUAUAGACCUACACUGUAAAGUUUUACUUGUAAUGUGAAAACAAAAUACAGAGUAAAAAGUACUAAAUAACGUCACUUAAAAUUACUCGUAAAAGCUGCUUAAUCAAAAUUAUUUUGAACUAAAUAAACUGAGUUUCUGUUACUUAAUGAUGGAUGUAAACCUCUCCACUGUUUUUUGAGUUAAAACAACUUAUUGCAGUACAGUGUACUGUGUUUAUUUUUUAAGUUCCCUUUAAAAACGACAAUGAAAUAUAGGCCCACUGUGUAUAUUUUUAAAGGUAUCCUAAAUCGGGAAGACUUUGUGACCCCCAGGUUGAGAACCAUUGAUUUAGAGGGUAGUUUGUUUCGUUAUGAAUGUGAUACAGAUAAAUAGAGGGGCUCCAGGGCAAAAGUCCUGUUGCCUUCAAAUACCCAGUGCAAACAGCAGACUACAUCUACAUUUCAGUUAUGUUAUUCUUUAGUGCAGAUUAUUAUUAAUCAAAUACUACAAACUAAUUGCCACACAGUAAACCAGAGCCCUCCAGGGCCCCUGAGGGUCAGAGGUCACUUUGCCCAGUUGGUAAUCCAGUCUUAUACAAAUAAAAUAACAACCGACUCGGCCAAAAGAAUAUAUUUAGAGGGAUAAGGAAAAAAACAUAUUUGUUCUGAUUGGUGUAAAGUCUUGAAAUCUGGUACCAACAUACUUCGAGCGAGUAUCUAACAGUACAACUUCACACUUCAUAUAACUCAUUGAUAAAAUCACUUUUUUUUUUACAGUUUUCCUAAUUACAUAUUUUGAUAACUUCAUAUAUGUGCAUAUCUUUUACAUUUAACUUGUUACGAGUUAAUAGAUACCAAAUAGUUUGUUUUUGCUCCUUAUAGUUUGAGAUACAGACAAUUUCUUAUCAUACUAUACUUAGUCUUUUGACAACUGUUCUUAAGAUGGUAGAAAAUGCUGUGAAUAAGCAAUACAAAUUAAGGGAUUUGUAUUUGUUUUAGUACACGCAUGUGACAGGCUUAUGGUAUGGCAUUUUCUACCAUUUUAGGAAGAAAAACCUAGCAGCAAAUGGAUUCAAUUUCAAUUUGUUGAAUCAAUUUUCUUGCGUCAUCAGAGAAUGAAGUUAGAAAUCCAACAAAUCGCAGUGUUUUUAACAUGAAAAAAACAUCCUAAUCCUGUCUAAACUUUAGACUACUACAACAAAACUGCCAAUUUAUCAUUGCAACAUCGUGUUCAGUUGAAGGUGAACUGACCGCAGUCCUGUCUGUGUUCUGUCUGUUUAUCUGCAGUGUGUGCGAGGUUGAGGCAGCAGAAUCAAGAUGGCCGAGGGCCACACAGUCACACCCAGUCCCAGAGAGGGCAGCGCUGUCGGGUGAAACCCGACAUCGCUCUGUGUUCAGAUGAUGAUUGGGUUUCUAAAUGCCCCUCUGGCUGCAGACUCCAGGGUUUGAUCUCACAGAUGGAGAACGAGGUGGCGAGAAAACUGAGGAAAGUGUGUAAGACAGCAGUGAUGUACGAAGACGCGGCUGAGAAGUCCAUGAUGACGAUGACGCACAUCUACAACGACCACCGGAGAGUCAUAGUCAACAGAUACACUUCAGAGCUCAAGUUCGUGAAACAUGGCGAAGCGUUGGCCAGGAACCUCACGUCGCUACGGAAACGAUCCUCUAGACUGUCAAAGCAACUUGUCGAGCUGCGCCUCAACGUCCAAAAACAAAUGGAGGACUUGUAUCGAACAGAGGUGGACGUUGACAUGAAGCUGCGAGCCUGCCAUGGCUCCUGCCGGUUGGUGUUACCGUUCAGCGUAGAUCAUUCCAAGUAUCAAAACCUUCAAACUGACAUGGACCACACAGACAAGACUCUGAACCAGAGAAGGAAGGCAGCACGGCAUCCUCAAGACAUCCCACAUAUCAAGCUGCAGCCUGUAGAUGUAGGCCCGGCUCCGUCUGCAGAGUAUAAGACCAUCCCAGUGGUCCAGAGAGAGCUGUUGACCCAGUUUGAGGAUAUCGGACAGAACCAGGUAGUUCUGGAGGAGCUGCUGGAGGACUCUGCACUUGUGGAUGCUGCAGAGCUGGAAUGAAGAAGUAAGGAAGCAAGGAAGAGAAAAUCGGGUAUUUGUUUUUCAUUUCAACAGCACUUGAAAAACUAGAUUCUGACAGGGCUAUUCAAAUAAGCUAAUAAUUGUUCUUUUUAUUCUUGUUUGAAGAUGUAUAACCAUGCUCUUGGAUUCUGUACACUGACUGUUGCAUGUUAAGAGUGUCUAGUUCAGCCUAAUGAACACAUCAUUUGAAGACUGCACAUUGGCAAAAGCUCUUAUUACCUCUGUCCAAUAACAGAUUUUAUCCCUGAGAGCACACUCCUCUCUUCAUCCUCCGUUUCAUUAUUUAUCAUUAUUUAUUUCACGGUUUUGCCAUAAUUGGGCACAGAAACAAUUCCUGUCAACACACUGUACUGUCAUUUCUGUAUACAUUGAAGUAGCUGCAUGGUUUCCAUCAUUUUAUUAUACACGGAUCAGUUAAUAAAAGAGUUAGCUCUGA